AUGGCUUCCCAAGGUUAUUACGGCCAGCCGCAGCAGCCCCAGUACCCCCAGCAGGCCUACCCUCCCCCUGGUGAAUACUACCAGCAGGGUCCUCCCCAGGGCUAUCCCCCGCAGGGGUACCCUCCCCAGCAGCUAAUGGUCAUGUUAAAGUACGGCCAAGGCCCCCCUCCUCCCGGUGCUCCCCAAUACGCUCCCCAGCAGGACAACAACAAGGGUAAAAGCGGUGGUGGCCAGGGCUGCCUCGGUGCCUGUCUUGCAACUCUGUGCUGUUGCUUCGUGUGUGAGGAGGGUUGCGAGUGCUGUGCUGAGUGCAUCGAGUGCUGUGAGAUGUGCUAG